AACAUAAGUUGACAGAAAAAAACAUAUUGUUUUACGACUUGUAUACAGAAGCAAGCAAGUACUGGUCAUAAUUUGUCUGGGAAAUAAAUCUAAGAAAGAGCAUAACUCAUGAGAGGAAUCAUUGUCGUAACCUUCUUGAUAUUACAGAGUCUUGUGGUGUCUUCGUCUCCAUCACCACCGGAUUUCAAUUUCUUCUACUGGGUCACCUACUGGCCAGGAGCAAUAUGCGACAGCCAAAAAGGAUGUUGUCCUCCACCGAGAGGCAAUACGGCGUCGGAUUUUAUGAUCCAUGGACUCUGGCCACAGUUCAACAAUGGCACCUGGCCUGCGUUUUGUGAUCAAACCAAUCUCUUCGAUAUCUCCAAGGUUUCAGAUCUAGUAAACAAAAUGGAGAAGAAGUGGACAGAGUGGGGUGUUUGGACAUGUCCAAGCAACGAGACUAAUCUAUGGGAACACGAGUGGAACAAGCACGGCACGUGUGUGCAAACUGUCUUCGACCAACACUCUUACUUCCUUACCAAUCUCAAAUUCAGACAAAAGCUCAAUUUCCUCAACAUCCUUAAACAAAAAGGAAUUAAACCGGAUGGUGGGUUAUACGGUUUAGAUGAGAUCAAGAACGCGAUCAAGCGCAAGAUCGGGUUUGCACCCGGUAUUGAAUGCAACGAAGAUGUAAAGGGAACAAAGCAGCUUUUCCAGAUCUACCUAUGUCUUGAUAACUACGCAAAAGAGUUUGUGGAGUGCCCGUAUGUUCCGGAUAAAUCAUGUGCUUCCAAGAUCAAGUUUCCAAAGUUCCCACAGAAAGAUUCUCUUGGUGAGACUCUAAGUGUGAUCUCUUCUGUUUAAACUACCUAGUAAACAAGAGAGAGUGAAGAUUGUAUUGUGUUUUCAAUAAGAGAGUGAAUGUAAGAAGCUUCGCUAUAAACUAUAAUGAAUUAAGAGCUAAGAACCCUACUAUUAUGGUAAGAAUCCGUGUUGAGCAAUUGCAAUUUCAAAGGCUUGCAUU